GCAAACAGUGAGCCGUAAUGGACUGGCGGGCCCCUGAGGGGACCUUCCUUGUUGAAUAGGAGUUAGGAGUCUGUGUUUGACCACCAAUCUCAAAUCCCCACAAUAAUCGGGGGAAGGAGGUCCUCUCCUGGCCCCAUUUUCAGGGAUUCCAACAAGUUCCAGAGCUUGUCGGUGUUGGAGGCAGGAUUUGAACUUGAGUCUUCCUGAGUCGAGGUUCCCCUCUAUAUCCACUGAGCCACCUGGUUGAAUAAAUUCAACAUUGGUGUCUAUGAUGGGUGAGAAGAGAGGCAGCAUGGAGAACCAGAUUGGAGGCAGGAAGUUCAGGUCCUCCCUCUGGCACAAACUGACUGGGUGGCCUUGGACAAGUCACCUGAUGUGGCAAUGAACCACAACUCUAUCUGAGAUCCCAAGAACAAGCAGAGGGGAAAGCUGGCUCUCUCCCUCUCAUGUUCUCUAUCUCCCUAUCUCUGUCUCUGUCUCUGUCUCGGUGUGUCUCCAUCCGUCUAUGCCUCUCGGCUGUCUCCCCCCAACCCACGCCCUUACUGGGCCCCAAUGCCACAGGAAGGUUCUCUGUCUCCCUUCUGGGUUGGCAUGUGCGUGGCUGCCCAGAUGGAACCGGAGGCAGGCUAGAGCCGGUUCUCCCUGAGUCCUACAGAAAACCAGAGGCUCGGGCUGGGCCGGGAACCACCUCCUACCGGCAGCCGGAUCAGGGAGGGAAUGAGCGGGGAGGGCAGUCGGAAAGUCGGAGGGUCGGAAGGACUUGCAAAGCUGAGGAAAGGAGCUGCUGGACUGAUCUGGGAGGUGAUGGCCGUCCUUUGGUCGGGCCGACUUUGUUGUUCACCCUCUCCAGCCCCGAUGACUCUUUGGGAUCUCCUUUGGAGCGUUCGCCAUUUCCCUCUCUAGCUUAUUUGACAGAUGAGGAAACUGAAGUAAUCAAGGUGAAAUGACUGGGCUAGGGUCACACAGCUAGUAAGUCAUUAGAGAUGUGAACUCAGGUCUUCCAGACUGGUGGGGGGGAGGGGGCAGGCGCGCCCUCCGGCUCUCUAGCCAUUUGCGUUUGGGGCACGGCUUGGAAUGAGGGUCUUUGCCAGAGCUGCCUUUUAGGCAGAGUGUGGCCUGGUGGUCCGACUCUGGAGUCCAAUGCCCUCAGCCCCAGAGGAGCUGCCUCAGUUAGGCUGGCGAAGCUAACUAGGUCAGCUGGAUCUACUCCCCUCCAGGGGCUCCAGUCGGAUCUGGGGUGGGGCGGGGAGAGGGGAAGGGGCGGGGAAAGGGCGGGUCCAGGCUGAGAUAUAUGCAGCUCUGCAGCCAGUCCAGACUCACUUGGAGUUUCUCCAGCCUGAAGAUCGCCAACGCCAAGCUGGCGCUGCUGCUGCAAGAGUGGCGCCAGUGGCUGCGAAGGAUUAUGGCCAGCCACUGGGGUCUGCCUGGCGCUGGGGCUAUGCUCGAAGCGAGCGCUUCCCCGUGCGCCUCUUCUGAGCCAUCGAAGCAGCCCGACUCCCGCACGAUGCCUGCCGGGACUGGCACAAACCCCAUCGGGGCCAAGCCAGGCUCCCCUCGGCAAGCCCAGCAGCCUUCGCAGCUCUGGGAGAUGAGGCCCGAAGACUUCGCCCUCGGCAGAAUCCUGGGCACAGGCUCGUUUGCCACUGUGGUCUUGGCGCGGGAGCUGGCGACAUCCCGGGACUACGCGCUGAAGAUCCUGGAGAAAAGGCACGUGAUCAAAGAGAAGGUGGUCCGAUAUGUGGCCAGCGAGCGGGAAGCUCUGGCGCGCCUGGAUCACCCGUUCUUCGUCAAGCUUUACUUCACGUUUCAGGACCAGGAGAAGCUCUAUUUCGGCCUGAGCUACGCCCGAAAUGGAGACCUCCUGAGAUUCCUGGAGAAAGUGGGGCCCCUGGCCGAGCCCCUUGUCUGCUUUUACUCUGCCGAGCUCGUCUGCGCUCUCGAGUACUUGCACGGGCUAGACAUUAUCCACCGAGACCUGAAGCCGGAGAACAUCCUCUUAACCGACGACAUGCACCUCCAGAUCACAGACUUCGGCUCGGCCAAAAUCCUGGCCCAGGCUGGCGGCGGCGGAGGCGGCAAACCAGCCAGGAUGAACUCCUUCGUGGGCACCGCAGAGUACGUCUCUCCGGAGCUGCUCCUAGACAAGGGCACCUGUAAGAGCUCGGACCUUUGGGCUCUGGGCUGCAUAAUAUACUACCUCGUCGCCCAGGAGCCGCCGUUCCAGGCUCAAUCCGAGUAUUUCAUAUUCCAGAAAAUCAUGAGGCUGAACUACGCCUUUCCCAAAGAGUUCUUCCCAAAGGCGAGAGACCUAGUGGAGAAGCUCCUCGUUUUAGAUUCCGCCCAUCGCCUCGGUUGUGAAGACAUGGGCGGCUACAGGGCCUUGAAGGCCCACCCCUUCUUUGAAACAGUCACCUGGGACGAUUUGCAUCUUCAGACACCUCCGCUGGCUCGGGCCCUCCUGGAGGAUAAAAACUACUUUGGAGAGGUUGGCACCCGGCAGAGCCGUAGUCUGCCUUUAUCGUGGGCUGCUGUAGAGCCCGCCUUCCCCCAGCCAUCCAACAAUGUGGAGAGGUACAUUCACUGCCUAGACGCGAAUUCCCUGGAGCUGGACCUCAACUUCUCCGGAAAGGAGCGCAGACUCUUGCUGGAGAAGCAGGCCUGGGGAAAUCCGUGGCAUCGGUUUGUAGGCAAUCGCUUAAUUCUAAAAAUGGGCCGAGUAGAUCUGCGCAAGGGCUUGUUUGCCAGUGCCCACAGUUGCCAGUUGCUUCUCACAGAAGGACCCUGCCUGUAUUUGGUGGAUCCCGUCAACAAAUUCCUAAAUGAAGAAAUCUUCUGGUCCCCACAACUGCCACUGGAAGUGAAAAGCGUUAAGACCUUUUUUGUUCACACGCCUGACAGAAUCUACCACCUGAUGGACCCAAGUGGGAAUGCUCCAAGGUGGUGCCAAAAGAUCCGGGCAGCAGGGCACAUGCAGGAACUGGCCAGCUUAGAACAGGCUCCUGUCUGAGUCCUUCCUGCGUGAUAAGAGGAGGUGAGUCUUCCAGCGGUUCUCCAUCCCCGGCAUGCCUCAGUCUCAGUGACCUCUGAAGCUGGGGGGAGGGAAGGGUUCUUUAAUGCCUCUUCCAGAGCUCCAUUUGUAUUUCCUUGUAUUCCCCCCUUUUCGGAAAUGUGUCAGAAAUAAAGUGCUUUUGCCUUUGA